AUGGUGUGCGUCGGGCAUCGGGUGUCGGGCGUCAAGUGGUGGAACAGUAGCGCCAGUCCAUUGAGAAGACGGCGGCAGAGCGACGGCAGCGCGACGGCGCGGCCGGUGACGUCACGCGGCGCCGCCCUCGCGCACGCGCCCGUGUAUCGAGCGGCAUGUGCCACUCGCAGCCGGCAGACCGCUCCGCCCGACCGAUACACACUUUUUUAUUUUCCCUCCGAACGUGCAUCCGUGACGACCAGUAACGUCGGUGGUGCAGUGAACCUUGGAGCCCAUGUAACGCACUCGGAGACUGCCACUAUCAUAAUGAGCUACAGCAUGUCGAGCGGCGGUGAUUCCGACGCGCUGUCGCGGCGACUGCGUGAGGCGGAGCGCGCCCGCGCAGACGCAGAGCGCGCGCACGCAGACGCACUCGCUCAACUCCGCUCGGCUCAACGCUCUCCUCACGACUCCCAUAAUGUCGAACAACUACAGUCGAGAGUACGCGAACUUGAGAAAAAGAUUCGAGUGGCACAGCGCUUGCCGCACAACUUGCGCAGUGUCGACCACCUUCAAUCUAAAGUACGCGAAUUAGAGAAGAAGGCGGCCUUGGAAACGGUUCGUUGCGAGGAACUUCAGUUAGAACUAUCAUCAGCAAUGCGCGCACGUGGAACAUCUACAACUGCCACUUGGUCUACAACAGCCGUACAGCCAGCUUCCGAAAUAGAACGAAUAAUGGCCAAGAUCGAGCAAGACAAUCGCAUAUUAGCCGAAUUAGAGCAUUCCAGAUCUACCACACAUGGAAUUCAGUCAAGUGGAUCAAAUCAAGCUUUGGGAGAUUUUCAUUCACCGAUACCAUCGCCGCUGCCGCACUCAUACACUAGCGUGACCGGCCAUGCCGCAUUAUGUCAGAGCAACACCAUGCCGACUCUUUCCUCACUACAUGCGACGUCUCAGUUUACUGCACCUAGCUCCAACUCUGUAGCCUACUCUAUGAGUGCGCACAACCCCUCUUCUUAUUCGAAUCCAGUGCCUGCCUCUUUUGGUAUGACGAACGCUCAUCAAGUUACAUUCACAAAUCCCGUAACUGCUCCUCUUGUAAACAAUAUUAAUCAAAUUUCUAGUACUCUAGCAGGGUUACAGUCAAAUCUUCAAAACAUGACGGGAAACGUAUCCGGUAUGAACUUAGGUGCUACAUUGGUUGGUCCAUCUAUGACCGGGACCAUGACAGGAGCAGGACUUUCUAGCGGCUUAAACAAUCCACCAACAAGUUUAUCAGGAGGUCUUUCUAGUGCACUUGCUGGCAUACAAUCAAAUUUAACAAGCGCACUUGGAAAUCCAUUGAGUAAUCUUACAAGCGGAACUCAAAUAGGGGCACUCAAUACUAGUUUGACAGGAACGAAUGCAUAUGGGACAGGCGUUGGAACUUAUACAAAUCCUCUUGUACCGAGUGGAUUGGGAACAAAUACUAUGAAUAUUAAACUUAAGCCUAUAGAUGAAAUUGAUCUUGGAUUAAGUAGAUAUGGAACUAACAAUCCAUCUAUGGUUAGAGCUGCUACCCCGGUAACGCCGCAUCAACCUACCUGGAAUUUAGGACUAGAAAGCCAAUUUGGAACUGAUAGAAUAGGAAAUUUAGACACCUUUCUUCAUGAUCGAGGUCCUAGAGCUAUAAGACUUUUACCCAAUAAUAUGUUGGAUGUAGACGUACGAAACACUCAUUAUAUGAACGGCGGUGCACCAAGUGAACCUCAAGUUGACAUGUUGGAUAUUCCAGGAAAAGGUCGUUGUUGUGUUUACAUCGCUAGAUUCUCUUAUGAUCCACCCGAAGUUGAGAAUACGGAAGGAGAAUUAUCUAUUUGUGCUGGAGAUUAUUUGCUGGUUUGGGGUCCCCCUGACCCUAAUGCAACGAUGCUCGAUGCAGAAUUGCUUGACGGGCGUCGAGGAUUAGUUCCUGCAAAUUUUGUUCAACGUCUGGUGGGAGAUGAUCUUCUGGAAUUUCAUCAGGCAGUCGUGGCUACUUUACGCGAUGCUGAUGAAACUGCAACAACAGCUAUAAGUGACUUAUCACUCAGUAGAGAUGUUGCUCGCCUUAGUGAAAUGGCAGAUAUAAGUGAAGGACCGGAAGAUGACGAUAAUGUACCCGCACCGCGGCAGCUCACACUCGAGAGGCAACUCAACAAGUCUGUGCUGAUCGGCUGGACUGCGCCCGAGGGAGUGCAACAAGCGAACAUUGAGAGUUACCAUGUCUACGUUGAUGGGGUCCUUAAGACUACGGUGAAAGCAACAGAACGCACACGGGCUUUGGUCGAAGGCGUAGAUGCUAAUCGACCACAUAGAAUUAGCGUCCGUUCAGUGACUGCUACCAGACGUACGUCUAGAGAUGCUGCUUGCACCAUGGUAAUUGGCAGAGAUACUGGUAAUAUGGGACCUACUUGCGUGAGGGCUAGUGGAGUGACCUGUUCUCAAGCUGUUAUAUCAUGGUUGCCAGCUAAUUCUAACCAUCAACAUGUCGUCUGCGUUAAUAACGUGGAAGUUCGAACUGUGAAACCUGGUGUUUACCGGCAUAUUAUAACGGGUCUAUCACCAAGUACACAAUAUCGAGUGACUGUAAGGGCUAAGCAUUUAAGAGCGGGCCCUCCUGGAGUUCCUAUUGAAGAAGCCCCUGGCGCUUACACAGACUUCAGGACAUUACCAAAAGGAUUGCCGGAUCCACCUAACGAAAUAAUGGUGGAAGCUGGACCCCAGGACGGCACCCUGCUUGUGACGUGGCAACCGGUGCUUCGCCCUCCUGCUUCUGGGCCCGUUACCGGAUACGCGGUGUACGCCGAUGGGAAGAAAGUAACUGAUGUCGAUUCUCCGACCGGUGAUCAUGCUCUCAUCGACAUUGGCAAACUGAUCGGCCUCAAUCCGAAAUGCGUCACUGUGCGAACCAAAUCUCGCGAUAGCCAGUCGAGCGAUAGUGCUCCCACUCCUAUACCUCCUGCAGUACUUCGUGGAGUCGCCUCGAGAAUCCCACGUGGACCAGGUCCUGGGCCGGCUCAACCAGUUGCUGGAUAUCGAGGACAGCGUCCUCAGCCAUACCAACAGCAUCAACAAGUGAUAGAACACGAUGAGAAUCUUUCUGAUAAGGAAAUAUUCCCAUCGAGUAAUCGCCCGAAUGAUCCACAAACUACUCAGCCCACGAGCGGAUUCGGCACAGGCCUUCUAAAGAGUAUAUUCGACAAAAUAACCCCUUCGCAAUCAGGGAUACCGGCCAUCGAAAUCACUAAAGAGGGCGCAGUGGAAGCGAGUAGUGAAGAUGAGGAGGCGUCGCGUCGCCGCCCGCAGCAGCCGUCCCAACCUGCUCAAGCGUCGCAGCCGCCUUCGGGUCAGCAGUACCCGAAUACACAAGCCUUCCAUGGCACGCAGCAACUCCCCUAUCCACAGGGCGGCCAGUUUCCAAGUAAUCAGCAAACCCAGUACCCCGGUCAGACGCAACAGUAUCAGAACCCUCCGCCCAGAAAUCAUCACGAGAGAGGACGUCCUCCUAACCCUCAUCAGUCGCAAGUACAAGCAAUGCAACAAGGCCAGAAUCAGCAAUAUGGUCCUCGACCGGGACCACCAAUUGGUCCACGAGGUGCGCCUCCGGGGCAACGGGCGCAACAAGGUCACCCGCAGUCUAAGAAAUGCCGUUAUUUCGUUGCACUAUUUGAGUACGAUCCAGCAACAAUGAGUCCUAACCCUGAAAGUUGUGAUGAAGAACUCCCUUUUAAUGAAGGAGACACAAUAAAGGUUUGGGGUGACAAAGAUGCCGAUGGCUUUUAUUGGGGUGAGUGUCGUGGUCGGCGAGGCUAUGUGCCUCAUAAUAUGGUUAUGGAAUUAUCGGAACAGGAAGCUACUGGACAAGUUACUAAACCUCGAGACAGAUGGACCGAUGCUUACGCUAACCAACCUGUUCGGCGAAUGGUUGCGCUUUAUGAUUACGAUCCACAAGAGCUUAGCCCCAACGUCGAUGCCGAUGCGGAGCUAAGUUUUCAAACGGGUCAGAUAAUUCAUGUCUAUGGAGAUAUGGACGAUGAUGGAUUCUACAUGGCGGAAAUAGAUGGUGUAAGAGGAUUAGUACCCAGUAAUUUUCUCAUCGAAGCCAACGACCAGUAUGGACAAGCAGCACCUCCUUGUCAAGGUGGAGUUGCUGGAGUCCGCGGGGCAGUUGCAGUAAAUGUUCCCGGAGGAGGCCAGGGACGUGGGCGGGGGGCUCCUCCAGGCCCCGGGGCUCGUGGUCCUCCACCUCCUCCUAGAGAUAAUGUUGCUCCUGUACCAAGAAACCAUCAUCGAAAAACAGAUGCCUGCCCUCUUCCCCCUUCUCAGUUAGACCACAACACAUGCGCCAGUAAUCCAGAACAGGCGAAUUCUCAGGCGAGGGGGAGAGGCGUGGCGAACGCUCCGCAGGUGAGCACGAUCGCGCGCACGAGCGCUGGUAACGUGAGCACGCCAACCGUGCAGUCGCCGGGCACGACCGCGCUCACGGCCAUGCCGCCCAUCGGCACCACCACCGCGGUCAGCACGUCACCGGCGCGGCGCGGGGGGCCAGCCGUGGUCCCGGCGCCCACCGCGCAACCGACCACGCAACCACAACCACCCACCUCACAACCGAACCUCAUGCAGAAGUUCACCGAGAUGACCGCCCCCGGGGGCGAUAUCCUCAGCAAAGGCAAGGAACUAAUAUUCAUGAAGUUCGGCCUCGGCGGCAAA